GUUUGUCUCCUUUUUCUUUGCAGCCUGCCACAUUAUGGGUAUUGGUUAUGGAGCCUCUGACGAGCAGCUGGAGAAGCAGAUCGGUUGCGUCAAAUACACGCUCUUCUGCUUCAACAUUGUGGCCUGGAUGAUAGCCACAGCAUUGUUCGCCCUGACCGUCUGGCUGCGUGCCGAGCCGGGCUUCAAUGACUGGCUGCGCAUCCUCGAGGCGCAGUCCUUCUACAUCGGUGUGUAUGUGCUGAUCGGCGUGAGCAUCAUCAUGAUGGCGGUGAGCUUCCUCGGCUGCCUGAGCGCCCUCAUGGAGAACACUUUGGCCCUGUUCGUCUUCAUUGGCACGCAGCUGUUUGGCUUUGUGGCCCUGGUGGCCGGAUCGGCCGUCACCAUGCAGUACAGCACAAUUAACUCGAGUCUGCAGCCGCUGCUGAAUGUGUCGCUGCGUCGCUUUGUGGCCACCUCGGAAUACACCUACUCCAACUAUGUGCUGACCAUGAUCCAGGAGAAUAUCGGCUGCUGCGGCGCCACCGGUCCCUGGGACUAUCUGGACCUGCAUCAGCCGCUGCCCAGCUCCUGCCGCGACACGGUCAGCGGCAAUGCCUUCUUCAAUGGCUGUGUGGAUGAGCUGACUUGGUUCUUCGAGGGCAAAACCAGCUGGAUUGUGGCCUUGGCCAUGACCCUGGCCAUGCUCAAUGUCAUUUGUGGCACAAUGAGCUUCGUCCUCGUCCAGGCCGUCAAGAAGGAGGAGGAGCAGGCCAGCAACUACCGCCGCUGAGCAGUAGACACAGACACACACAACACACCCAUACCCACACACACAUACUUAAGUUAGCAGUACAGAAACGACAAGAGACCCUACGGAUAGUUAGUACCACCCACUAGAUUAGAUCCUAAGUUACCCCACCCACAUCCAAUCCGAACAAUAAAGAUUUAAAUGCCACUCGGCGACGCAACCCCAAAACACACAGACAUA